AUGUCUGAUUCAGACCUUAUGAAGAGUGGAGGACCAGGCAGCAAGGGCCCCGAAUGCCGCUCGCCUCCAACUCCCAGAAUGGAGCUGCUCAGCCCCUCCAAGGUGAAGGACCGCUCUCAGAACGUCACAGAGAAGGUCACACAGGUACUUUCUCUGGAGUCUGAUGUACUGCCUGAAUAUAAGCUCCAAGUGCCAGAGACAACAUGGUGGAUCUUGCUUCACUACAGCCCCUUCAAGGCAUUUUGGGACUGGAUAAUUCUCCUCCUGGUCCUCUACACAGCUGUUUUCACUCCUUACUCAGCCGCCUUCCUCUUGGACGAACAUGGGGAUUUACGUCAAAGGAGUUGCGGCUACACAUGCAACCCUCUGAAUGUGGCUGACCUCAUGGUGGACGUGCUGUUUAUUGUGGAUAUAGUCAUCAACCUUCGCACAACAUACGUGGACCAGAAUGAUGAGGUGGUCACGCAGCCUAGCCGGAUAGCCAAGCAUUAUAUCAAAGGCUGGUUCCCUAUCGAUCUGUUUGCGGCUAUCCCUUUCGACCUCCUCAUUUUCAGAUCUGGCUCUGAUGAGAUGGCAACCUUAACAAGCCUGCUGAAAACAGCUCGUCUGCUACGAUUGGUCCGUGUGGCAAGAAAACUGGACCGAUAUUCUGAAUAUGGGGCUGCAGUUCUCUUCUUACUCAUGUGCACCUUUGUACUCAUCGCCCAUUGGCUAGCCUGCAUUUGGUAUGCCAUUGGUUUUGUGGAGAGGCCAUACACAGAGACCGGUUGGCUGGACAACCUGGCUGAACAACUGGGCAAGGCAUACAACGACAGCGACUCCAGCUCUGGUCCAUCGGUCAAAGACAAGUAUGUCACUGCCCUGUACUUCACCUUGAGCAGUUUGACGAGUGUUGGGUUUGGCAAUGUUUCUCCCAACACCAACUCCGAGAAGAUCUUCUCCAUCUGCGUCAUGGUCAUUGGCUCUCUUAUGUAUGCCAGCAUAUUUGGGAAUGUGUCUGCCAUCAUACAGCGGCUGUACUCAGGUACAACCCGCUACCAUACCCAGAUGCUGCGAGUCAAAGAGUUCAUCCGAUUUCACCAAAUCCCAGGUGGUCUGCGCCAAAGGCUGGAGGAGUACUUUCAGCAUGCCUGGUCAUACACAAAUGGCAUUGACAUGAAUGCUGUGUUGAAGGGGUUUCCAGAGUCUUUGCAGGCUGACAUCUGUUUGCACUUGAACAGAUCUCUGCUACAGAACUGCAAGGCUUUCCGUGGCGGCAGUCAGGCCUGUCUGCGUGCCUUGGCUAUGAGGUUCAAGACAGUCCAUGCUCCUCCUGGAGAUACUCUGAUCCACUACGGAGAUAUCCUGGAAUCUCUCUUCUUCAUCUCUCGUGGUUCGAUCCAGGUCAUCAGGGAUGAUGUGGUGGUGGCCAUAUUAGAAAAGAAUGACAUCUUUGGCGAGGCUAUCUACCUUUAUGAUGAGCCAGGGAAGUCCAAUUCUGAUGUACACACCAUCACCUACUGUGACCUGCACCGCAUCCCAAGGGACGACCUGCUGGAGGUCCUGGAUAUCUACCCCAGCUUUGCAGACAACUUCUGGAGAAACCUAGAGAUAACUUGUGACCUGAGAGAUCCCUUCCAUCAUCGUCACUCACCUCCACAGGCCCAUUGGGAUGACCGCUGUAGCUGUGGGUCCCAAUGCUCCCAGUCCAGUGAGGACCUGGCUAAGUCUCUUGCUCAUGGUGCCAAAGUAGAACUUUAUCCUCCAGAGGAUGACAGACAGGACUACUCUCCCUCUGUAGUGCAGCUGCUACCCCCCAGUGGCACGUCAGUGGGGAGGGAAACAGUGUUGGACAGGGGCCACCAAGCUUCAUCUUUGAACGUGCCAGGAAUGUAUCAGUACUGGCCAGACCGACAAUCACAACAGUUUUCCAGUCGCACGUGGCGAUCUUCUUCUGUCCGCAACUCAUACCCACACCUUCACAGAAGAGAGGCCCAACUGGAGACACGCAUGACAGCCGACAUCAACGUUAUUCUCCAGCUUCUCCAGAGGCAGAUCGCUCCUGUACCGCCUGCCUACAGCACUGUAUCUAGUACCCUCCCUUCUGACUCACCUGGCCUGUAUGGGACAGGGGCACCAGUGCUGCACAGCAUGUACCCCAUUUCCAAUACAGAUGGACAGCAGAGCACCCACACAGAACCCAGGCUACAUGGCAACCUCCGCUACCCCUCGCUGCCAGGGAACCUGGACAUAAACUCAGGACUGGCUGAGAUCCAGAAACACCUGUCAGACCCCGUGCUGCCCGUCAUCUGA